UACCGUGUUCUAUGUCCUUAAUAUCACCUGAACUCUAAAGUAGACAGAAACAUUUUGGAUCCAUUUCUUGGGUCAGUGCAAAUGUGUCAUAGAAUAGAAAAUUUUGAAACUGGAUUUUAAAACGUUUUGUUCAUAAACGAAGCGCAGAUCUGAAUUCUGCAUAAGAUUAAACGUUAAAAUCAGCUAAUUAACUAUAUACUAAUUAACAUAUAAUUGUUUUAAUUAUACCGAGCAAAUAUUAAAUCUAGUUUAAUUAAAAUAAGUAAUUAAUAUAUUAAUUAAAACGUUUUUUGAAAUGGGAUUAUACAAUCAAAAUUCGUCUCCAAAUUACAAAUACAAUAAUGACUAUAGACGGCGUAGCUCACUGGAUUUUAUUGGAGUAGAUGAAUAUGUUAAAGAUGAGGGUCUUAAAAGACUGGAACUGGGUAGGGAUAGUGUAAUAGAUCCGACAGAUAUUACAGCUAUUUUAAGAAAGAAACAGAAAGAAAGCAAACCAGUGUACAGAGUACGGAAAAGAUUGAAUAUAUUACUGCAUACGCAUAUAGCUCUAAUCACAGUGUGUGUACUCAGUAGUCUGGAUGCCAUCUGUGUUAUAGGGCAGGUCAUUUGUGAUAUCCUCAUAAUGUCAGAGAAAUUGUCAGAUUUUGAUAAACUACACGAACGGUCAAGUGAACUACUUGUAGACGUACUGCCGGGCUACUUUAACAACACGGAUCACACCGCUUGGAGUUUUGAACAGCUCAUAGAUCAUAUUGAGAAGAUUUUUCUAGGUGGCGCUUCCAAUCAUCAUUUAAGUGAGCACGUGCAACAUCAUUCAAAUCAUUCUUUGCACAAGGACAGCAUCCUAUCUUUAAUAUCAAAUUCAUUGUCACAGCCACGGUUAUCACGCUCUGUGCGUUCUUCUGGGGCUGAUGAUCCGACACUAAUGGCAGGUGGUGGUGGUGGUCAUGGAGACGAAGAACACAGUCUGGCGUAUGAAUUUACCCACUCGUUUCAUAUCGGCUCUAUGGCACUACUUUCAGCUCUUCUGUUAGAGACGUUUUUAAAGAUUUUUGCUAUGGGGAAACACUUCUUAAACCAUAAACUUGAAAUAUUUGAUGCAUUUGUUAUCAUGGUAUCAUGGUGUUUAGAUGUGGCAUUCUGGGAAGGUAUCUGGGCACGACCCGGGCAAGAGGGAGCCACCCUGCUCAUGUUUAUAUUACCCUGGAGAGUAAUCAGGAUUGUUAACAGUUUCGUGCUUGUUAUUCAGGAGAAGGACCUGGUACUGUUGAAAGUUGUUAAACAAAGACUCAGGUUUCAGUUAAGAAAGGACAAGGAAUCCACGGCAAAACUUGACAAAUAUAGGCUUGAGGUUAGACAACUGCAGGGACUUUGCAGGAAGUCUGGGGCAGAUGAAAACUCUAUACAAGCAUGCUGUCCAACAGGACGAAGACGGCGUAGUAGUCUAUUUCAGAGUUUGACUAGUCUGGCAUCAGUUGCUUUAGUAAGUGCUAUGGGAUCUUCGCCAAAACUUGGGCCUGAUAAUGUCUCCUCAUCAAGUGAAUCAGAUGGUGAAUUAGAUAAGGAGUUAAAGAAACUACCACGUAUACAGUCGACAGAAAGUGAUAUGAACGUAACGUUUGAUAUUUUUCCCGAGCCUGAAGAUUUUGAACAUGAGAUUAUCGUAAAAGGAAGUCAGAAUAAUGCAUUCACUUUUGACGAAACGGAUAUAAAGAAGUUUGAAAAUAACGAACCGGGAAACAAGAAAGAGGGUUUGUCUACAAAGUUGUAA